GAUUUCUUGAAGAAAAGUAACCUGUGUAAAGGCAAACAGUGGGCCAUUGGAUUUCAGAAAGACACUGAGCGCUCUGUUGAAGGCUGUUUUCAGGUUUUAAAAUGUUCUGUUGCUUAGUGGGGAGAGACUUAUUACUUACCUGUGAAAUAUUGUAUGGGUAUGAUGCGAAUUUUUCCUAACCUCUUGCUUAAACUAUGAAGUAACUUACUGCUGUGCUCUGAAAAUAACUUACCCCUGUUACAUUCAGCAAAUGCUAUCCAUUUGCUAAGACGCAUGAUUUACAGCCUUUGAAAAAAAUUAACUUAAAAUAAAAUACUAUGUGCUGAAUCUUGAAUGAGAAGGUAACAUGGAUUUGAUUUAGCAGUAAGACAAAUAAGGGCUAAUACCUUGUCUAUGCAGCCACGCAGACCUGAACUGGAUUCCCUUGUAGCUCGUUCUUUAAGACAGUAAGGGUUUGGAGAGCUGCAGCUUUGGUGCCCUUAGCCUGUGGGGAGAUGGUACCCUAUGUAAUCUUACACUACAGUACUCAUUAUAUUAACUUGUUCUCAAGAUGGAAACACCAUUGUCAGACAAAUCAACAUCACUGUGCAGUACUCCAGAGGACCGUGGGACACUAGCUCCUCAGAGCACUGGCUCAGGGAAAAAGCCAAUGAGCACAACACUUAAGGAGCGAUUAAAGAAAGCAAGACGUUCAUUUAAUUCCAGUUUCACUGUGGCAAAACGCCUUAAAGUAGAUAUUGAAGAAAAAGAUUACAGUACUUCUGAAGAAGGGGCUCUGUUGGCAAAAGAAUCCUGUUCCAGAUUACAAAAUAGCUGUGAAAUCCUGGAGGAGAACUGUGCUGCAAAUACAAGUUUGAGUAGUCCUGUACAGGAGAGACAUUGCUGCAGACUUGUUCAGAAUUCUCCACACUCUGUGGUGUUGGGUGCUGACCUUAGUCAACAAGAACUACUUGAGGAAAAAUUAAGAUUGUUGAAGCAGGUCCAAGAGAAGAAAGAUCUGCUUCGAAGACUCAAACUGGUCAAGAUGUACAGAUCCAAGAAUAACCCAUCAGAAUUGCAAUCUUUGAUAACGAAAUGGAGAUGCAGCACCCAGUUGAUGCUUUAUGAACUCCAGUCAGCGUUGUCUACAGAUGGCAAUAAACUGAGCCUCACUCUGUUGAUAGACAAUUUUGGAUUAGAAGACAAGUUACUACACUACAGCAGAACAGAAGAAGACUUUACAGAUAUGUAAUUUACAAUUACAAAGGUUUCGGUUAUAAAAAAUAGUUUUCAGAAAAGAUUAAAUAUAAACUGAUUGCAUCAUAACUAUUAAACCAUCGUGAUAGUUUGUUUCAGUAGUGGAUUGUUGUAAUAGACUGUGCUUAUGUAUAUGCGGUAAGAGGCAGUUAUUUUCUGGAAAGGAUUAUCUCUUAGGCAGAAACUUACUCCUUGAGAAAAUUGCCAUUAGUGAAUGUGAAAAUGAAAUCUAGUAAUAUUGUACUUAAACAGCGGGCUGCAUCUUCUCUGAUCAAUUUUACACUGUACAUUCUCUUGUUUGAUAUAAUGGGAUCAAGUUGACUGCUUUUUCUAGUUAUGCUAAGAUGUUGAGGAAUUCAACACAUACAUAUUCUGAAAGUUUCUUCAAUUUGCCAGUCAACUGAUGUGAGCUUUCUAAGGAUUAAGUUCAGGUGUAAACACAUUGCAUAUUCUCAAUUACUGAAGCAAUAUUGAGUUUUUAUACAUGGCUUUAUUUCUUAUGAUACUAGAAGCAAUACAUAUUCUAUAGUGCUUAACAAAAACAGUACUGUGUCUAAUGUAUUUAAAUGGCUGCAUUUAAUUUACCUUUCUGCAAUUCUUCUUCUUAAAUCCCAAAGCCAUUUUCCCCUUUUUACAUCUUAUGUUUUAGUUCUAAUUUAUGUGGUAUUUUAUUAUGUUAAUUAGAGAGUGUGUGAGAGAAGUUGAUUCCCUGUUGACUAUCUCCUCCUUGACCAUCCAUUUAUUUUAGCUGCUUCUUUCCUCACUGAAUUUCUUAUUUUUUACUUUGAAAUAUGCUUCAUCUAAUGCAGGCCUGCACAACUCGUAAAGCGGCGAGGGCCAUAUUACUCCAAAGAAAAUAGUUGAGGGCCGAAAUCCCCCAGCCGUGCUGAAACACGCGCACCUUCCCCCCCCCCCCCAAGCGCCGCCCAGCCCCCGUGUAAGCAAGCAGGACUCACCCCAGCAGCGUCUCUUGCUGGUCUUCUUGGGAAUUAGCUCAUCCAGCCGUUGGAGCGACCUCUGCAGGCCG